AUGGAGACAGACCCAUCAGUGACUAUGAGCAUCUUUAUUGAUACUGGAAACUGCUGGACUCAGAGCCAACCUGUAGCAAUUGCCGAACAUGUCUCAACCGAGCAGACCAAUUCUCGGGACUCCAUCGAAAUCAUCGAUCUUACUUUAGAAGACGAAGUUGAGAUUGCCCUGCCUGACAAGCUCACUCGCGAAUGUCGCAUCGGUGGUUUUAAUCUCGCCGACUUCCUGACAGAUGACCAGUACAUCCAAUACUUGGAGCAGCUGAAACAGUUGGAACAGCAGCCAAAGGAAAUCUCCGAGGUUGUGGUUGACUACGUGGUCUACAAACCGGGGGUCUCAGUGCUACUGCAGGAUGAUUCUUUUCUGCGCAUUGAGAAGGUGCUGCAGAAGGGCGAGGAAGUGAUCUUUCAUGGGCGCUAUCUUCUUGCGAACACUGACCCUCGCGUCAAGAACCAUAUCGAACAUGGCAUCCCGAAGAAAUACUACGAGCUUGUCUGGAUUGCUCACGAGAAUGAGCUCAUGCCUCUGAAACAGGUCAAAAGGAUUUGCAAUAUUCGUUUUACGAACCUCCGCACCACCAUCAAUCAUACCGAUUUGAUCUGCCGCCUAAAGCUCACCUUCAUGCCCAAGAAUGUCGCUUGCACUACGAAGGACGAGUAUGCCAUCGAGUACCUCCGCUAUGAGGAGGCAGAUGAAGGCUGCCGGAUGAGUUCGGCUGAUCUGCGAACUCAAUGGCGUGGUCAUACAGUAUCAUUCGGCGAAGCCGAGGUAUCGCCUUCUCUCUCAGCGCCGACCGACCUAGACAAUUCCACAAAUUCCGUCGUUGACCUCACCGACGAGGCAACCCGCACAUAUACUUUCGGUGACGCUUUCUGCGGUGCUGGUGGUCUGUCAUGUGGAGCUCGAGAAGCAGGUCUGAGGAUCCGAUGGGCGUUCGAUCUGAGUACACACGCCAUUACUACGUACGGGCGGAACUUUCCCGACGUCUUGCUGGAGAAUGCAUCGAUCUAUGACUUUUUAACCAACGAUGAUGCGUUUCUCAGAGUCGAUGUCCUUCAUUGCUCUCCGCCCUGCCAGCCAUUCUCACCUGCACACACCAUCAAUUGCGAUCGUGACGACGCCAACUCCGCGUGCGUGUUCUCUUGCGACAACCUGCUUCGAGCGAAACCGCGAGUUGUAACCAUUGAAGAGACCCACGGUUUAGCAGAGAGACAUAAGCUCGUGUUCGGAAGAGUCAUUCUCGACCUUGUGGAGAAUGGAUAUUCAGUGCGUUGGGCAAUUCUGGAUUGUCUGAACUAUGGAGUUCCGCAGUCACGCAAGCGACUAUGCAUCAUCGCCGCUGGACCCGGCGAAGCUCUCCCACCACUCCCUCCUCCGACACAUGGAGAUAGAGAAGAUCUUCAGCCGUUUGCCUCAAUCUACUCCGCCAUCCACAACAUCCCCGACGAUGCAGGUGACCAUGACAUCCCUGCAGCUCUUGAGCGCUACCGACUGCUAGGAUAUCGCGAUCCUUACGACGAACAUGGCCCAGCAAGAACCAUCACCUGCGGCGGAGGCGAAUUCAACUACCACCCAACCGGGAAGAGAGUCUUUACGACCCGGGAGUUUGCGUGCCUACAAACUUUUCCACUGGAAUUCCAGUUCUCGGAGCGAGAAUCGCGCAAGCAGAUUGGCAAUGCUGUGCCGCCCCGAUUCGCGGCUGCGAUUUACAAGCAGAUCUACAAUUCGCUGAGGGAGACGGACCGCAGGGAGUCUUUGGGCGAUACAAAGUCUCUUGGAGAGGCUUUGAGUUGGGUGCCUACAUGA